AUGUCUGUCAUUACAAAGAGUUUACACGAAAACAAGAAUACCGAUUCUUAUCUAAGUUUUAAUGCAAGUGAAGAGCUUGAACGAAUUUCACAUAAUUGGAGUAGUUCAAUACGAAAAAACAUUGCCUUGGAACCUAACCAAAUACUUCAAAUUUUAAUUGUAGAAGUUAAAGGAAUUAAAUUAACUGAAGGCAUGGUAUAUCAAAUAAAUACACUUGGUUUGGGAUAUAAACCAUUUCAACGCUCUUUACUACAAAUACUUCUCCAAGCAAAAUUUGAAAGAUUGUACAGUACUGGUACAAAGAUUAUACCAGAGUGGAACGUCUCGCAGUUCAAUAUUUUAAAAAUGAAUCACAUUUCAACUACAUAA